AUGGAGUACCAGAUACAUCUCAUGAAUUUUUGUGUUUGGCUUUGUCUGAGCAUUUUCAUUGUUCAGUCCGCGUAUGGAGACGUAAGCUACUCGAUUCCGGAGGAGCUCAAACGUGGAUCAGUGAUCGGAAACGUUGCCAAAGAUAUUGGACUGGAUUUGAAAAGAUUGUCUAGUCGCAAGGCGCGCAUCGACACCGAAGGUAAUAGCAGACAUUUGGUUGAUAUUAAUCUGAGAACAGGAGAACUGCUGGUGGCUGACCGAAUAGACAGAGAGGAGCUCUGCUCUGAAAAACUGUCAUGUGUGCUUAACGUCGAGCUAAUGCUGGAGAACCCGCUAGAACUGCAUCGCAUUUUAAUUCAAAUAAUGGACAUAAAUGACAAUUCUCCUUUAUUUACUAAAGAUGUGAUUAGUCUUGAAAUCGGGGAACAUGCCAUUAAGGGCGCUGCUUUCCGUGUUGACGUAGCCAAUGAUGCAGACAUAGGGCAAAAUUCAAUCCAGACAUACGCAUUGGAGGCGAAUGAGCAUUUCGUGCUAGCUGUGCGCACAAAGAACGACGGUGGAAAAUAUAGCGAAUUAGUUUUGGACAAAGAAUUAGACCGCGAGAAAGAGGAAGCGCUGACAUUAAUCUUAACGGCUAUUGAUGGCGGCGCACCACCGCGAUCGGGCUCUGUUACCAUACUCAUUUCUGUGCUAGACGCUAACGAUAAUGCACCGGUGUUUGCGCAGGAGAUGUACACAGCAUCUCUGCUUGAAAACUCCCCUACGGAUACCGUGGUGACCAAAGUCAGCGCCACUGAUGCAGAUGCAGGUGCAAACGGAGAGGUUACAUAUGAAUUUAGUCGCAUCUCGGAAAAAGCUAGGAAAUUAUUUACCUUGAAUGAGAAAAGCGGUGAAAUAAAAGUGAUAGGGUCAGUGGAUUUCGAGGAUGAAUCUAAAUAUGAAAUUCACGUUCAGGGCAAAGAUGGAACAGGGCUUACAUCAGAUACAAAAAUAUCGAUAGAAAUCAUUGAUGUGAAUGACAACGCUCCCGUUAUUUAUCUAAAAUCCUUAAAUAAUCCGGUGCCAGAGAAUGCGCCACAAGGCACGGAGGUGGGUAUAAUAAAUGUCCAGGACAGAGACUCUGACAGUAACCGGCUGAUUCGCUGCACCAUUCAGCAGGGCGUGCCAUUCAAACUCGUACCAUCCAUUAAAAACUACUUUUCUCUGUUGACCACAGGCGAGUUAGACCGUGAAUUAGUAACCGAUUACAAUAUCACUAUAACAGCUACCGAUGAGGGCUCUCCUCCUCUCUCCUCCUCCAAAGUAGUGCACCUGUCUGUUGCUGAUGUUAACGAUAACCCGCCUGUAUUUAGUAAGCAGACUUACAUCGCACACGUGACAGAAAAUAACACUCAGGGAUCCUCUGUGGCCUCAGUAACGGCAACAGAUCAUGACUGGAGGCAGAACGGCACUGUGAUUUAUUCUCUCCUGCCCGGAGAGGUGAAUGGCUUUCCCGUGUCAGCAUUGUUGUCCAUAAACGGAGACACCGGUGUUAUCCACGCCGUCAGGUCUUUUGAUUAUGAGCAGUUUAAAGAAUUCAAAGUUAAAGUGUUAGCCAGAGAUAACGGGUCACCUCCUUUAAGCAGUAAUGUGACAGUGAGCAUCCAUGUUGUCGAUGUGAACGAUAAUUCCCCUCAGAUACUUUACCCAUCCCCUGAUGGCAGCUCUGUUAUGACCGAGUUAGUGCCCAGAGCAGCACCUGCGGCUUCCCUUGUGUCCAAAGUUAUCGCAGUGGACGCAGACUCUGGCCAGAACGCAUGGCUUUCAUACAGUAUAAUCAAAGCCACAGACCCUGGACUUUUCACCAUCGGCGUCCACAGUGGAGAGAUCAGGACGCAGAGAGACAUCUCAGAAUCGGAUGCCAUAAAACAGGAUCUUAUUGUGGCAGUGAAAGAUAACGGACAGCCUUCUCUAAGUGUGACUUGCACCAUGUACUUGGUCAUCUCUGAUAACUUGGCUGACAUUCCUGAACUGAAAGACAGGAGUCAUGAGGACAACAGUUCUAAACUCACCACAUACUUGAUCAUUGCACUGGUGUCUGUGUCCACGUUUUUCCUCACCUUCAUGAUCAUCGCACUGGCUGUGAGGUUUUGCCAUCGGAGGAAGCCCAGAUUGUUAUUCGAUGGAGCAGUGGCCAUUCCCACCGCCUACCUGCCUCCAAAUUACGCAGACGUGGAUGGCACUAUGACGCUGCGAAGCGGGUACAAUUAUGACGCGUACCUCACCACCGGGUCCCGCACAAGUGACUUUAAAUUUGUUCAGUCUUACAACGAUGGGACUCUACUGGCUGACCGCACUAUGUCCAAGUCCUGCACUGCUGAUGAGCCGUUUGGACCCUGUGAGGAACCAGAAACUCUACCGCAGCCCAAUUUGUGUAAGUGA